CUAACUAAAAAAAGCAACAAUAACAGACUAGCGUACUACUUUUCUUUUUUCCUUUCCUUAGUACCCACUUUUGAUAGUGGCCGAAAGUAAUUAAACGCUUAAAUGGAUUAGUAUUCUGCUGGUGUUUGUUAUAGCAGGCCGAGAUGAAGGGUUAAAACCGUCCCGUUUGUCGACGCAUGCUCGGUUUCGCCCUCUACAGACGGGGCUCACUGGCGCCGCGAGUCCUAGCGAAUCGCUUAAUCCAAAGAUUUCGAAACGAGAACUGUAACAGCACCAGUUACUGAUUUACAAACGAGCUGCGACGAACUCCAUGCAAACUUAUUACAGAAGGAUAAAGUGAAACAAAAUGAGCAGGUAGCUGAAACAGCGGAAUCUGUUUUUCCUGGACGGGAGCGUUAUGUGGAGAGGGCACUGCUUGGAGGACAACGACUGGAUACGGAAGAGAGGGCAACGUUUGACGUUACUUCGGGACGGCAGUUCAUCACGGAUACUUCACAGACAUGUUUAAUGCAGUUUGUUGUCGCCUCGCGAAAAGCGCCUUUCUGUGGCUGAUGCUGCACGCGCUCGUCGACUGUACUGGAGGCUCAGUAACCCAGCAGACGUCUCGGCUCUCCUCAUAUGAGGUGACGGUACCGAAACACAUCAGCAGACAGAGGAGAAACCAGGACAGUGCAGAUAAGGUGUCAUACGUAAUCCAAGCUCAAGGAAAAGAACAUGUCAUCAUCCUGGAGAGAAAUGAAUUGCUUUUUCCAGAGGAUUUCACUGUGUACUCUUAUGCCAAAGAUGGCUCGCUGGUCACAGAGAGACCAGACAUGAUGGGUCAUUGUCAUUACAGUGGUUAUAUAGAGGAUGUGGAGGGCUCUUCUGCAGCACUCAGCCUGUGCUCUGGGUUAAGGGGUGUUAUCCACACGGAGGGCACCAGUUUCGGUAUUGAACCAUUGGAAGGUUCCACGAGUGAUGAGCACUUGGUGUAUCGCUUGGAGGAUGUCAAGACAGAACCUCUCAGCUGUGGAACGCCUCACUUUCAUAACCAUGAUGACGAAGCUUCACCAAGGCAGCCUACAGACAGACAUGUCCAUAACAUCACAUUUGGUCAAGCUGGCAGCCAUCUAAUCAGGAAAAAGAGAGCAGUGCUGCACCAGACACACUAUGUGGAACUGCUGCUGGUGGUGGAUCAUGAGAGAUAUAACUACAAAAAAAAGAAUCAAACAGCAGUACGUGAGGAGAUGGUUCAGAUCGCUAACUAUGUUGAUAGUAUGUACAUGGCUCUGAAUAUCCGUAUUGUGUUGGUGGGGCUGGAGAUCUGGUCUGAGCAGAACUUCAUCAAUACUGAUGGCAGUGCUGGAGAGGUGCUGGGCCGCUUUACUCAAUGGAGAGAGAAAGAGCUAGUUCACCGUCGUCGCCAUGACAGUGCACAGCUCAUCAUAAAUAAAGGAUAUGGUGGAACAGCAGGCAUGGCUUUUGUUGGCACGGCUUGUUCCAGAAGUCAUGGUGGUGGAAUUAAUUCGUUCACCAAUAAUAAUGUGAUGUCGUUCGCCUCCAUCGUGGCUCAUGAGCUGGGUCACAAUCUUGGGAUGAACCAUGAUGAUGGCCGAAACUGUAAAUGCGAUGUCACACACUGCAUUAUGAACUCAGGGGCAACUGGUUCUCAUAACUUCAGCAGCUGUAGUGCUGAUGACUUUGAGAAGAUGAUCUUGAACUCAGGUGGCCGCUGUCUGCUGAACAUACCGCGGCCGGACGAGGCGUACAGCGCCCCCUUCUGCGGGAACAAGCUGGUAGACGUGGACGAAGAGUGUGACUGCGGGUCAGAGGAAGAGUGUGAGAAGGACCUGUGCUGUGAGCCGAAGACAUGUAAGCUGAGGUCAGGUGCUCAGUGUGCGUACGGGGUCUGCUGCAAGAACUGCAGGUUUUUGCCUGGUGGUACAGUGUGCAGAAGCAGCACUGAUGAAUGUGACUUGCCGGAGUACUGUAACGGCUCAUCUGCCCUCUGUCAGAACGACGUCUUUAAACAGGAUGGCCAUCCCUGCAAACAAGGCCAGGCUUACUGCUACAACGGCCAGUGCCAGCACUACGACACCCAGUGUCAGGCCAUAUUCGGCACGAAGGCUAAAGCUGCUCCUGAGCUAUGUUUUAAGGAUGUCAACUCUAAAGGCGAUCGCUUCGGAAACUGUGGCUACCAUUCCAACGGAUUCAGGAAGUGUGAGAGCAGGAACGCCAUGUGCGGGAAGCUGCAGUGCGAGAACGUUCUGUCCUCAGUCAUAUUCGGCAUCAAGCCGUCAAUCAUCCAGACCCCCAUCGCCGACACUACCUGCUGGGGCGUGGACUUCCUCCUGGGCUCUGACGUGCCUGAUCCCGGCAUGGUCAACGAGGGCACCAAGUGUGGAGAAAAUAAGGUUUGUCUGAAUUUUGAGUGCAAAAGUGCAGAAGUGCUGAAUUAUGACUGUGAUGUUGAAAAGAAAUGCCACGGCCAUGGGGAGUGUAACAGCAAUAAAAACUGCCACUGUGAAUACGGCUGGGCUCCUCCGUUCUGUGAGGCCUCUGGUUAUGGAGGAAGCGUAGACAGCGGCCCCACCUGGAAUGAUAAAGAUACUUCCACAAGGGAUGGUCUGCUUGUGUUCUUUUUCCUGGUUCUUCCUCUCGUGGCGUUGGGUUUGUACGUGUUCUUCAAGAGGAAUGAGCUGAAGCGACGCUUUUUCAGAAAGAAACGCUCUCAGGGCUACGAAGCUGACAGCAGACCGCAGACGACAGUGUCCCAGAGAGGAAACCCCAGCAGUAUAGUGAAGGAUGGGCACCAGGCUCAGUUAUUGCCACCAGCAGAGGUGGUUCAGACUAAUAAAUCAGCCUCUGUGCCAUCUUAUGCUAGCAGACCGCCACCACCUCGGAUUGCACGACCACCUGCUCCAACCAAACAUCUGAUGCCUCAGAGACCAGCGCCUGCACCUCCAGUAUAACACACAACACACACAUCCGACAGACAGUUGUAUUUCUGUCUGGGAUGGACGGGCCAAGUGUGAAAUGUGCAGUGGGAGGAGUCGAGGAAGAAUCAGGUGGUUGCAACCUCUCCCCCACAUAUUUUCCCCCUCCGUCUGCAAACAGCUGUCAGCUGUCAAUCAAACAGAGAGACAGUCACUGCUGCAAAAGAAACCUCUGCUCACAAUACAUCACAGAGUGUGUGAUGGGUGCGAGAAAACUCUUUAGCCAAUUAAACACCUUCCACCUGUCACCUGACAAAAGAUGUCUAUGUCAACACACCGAUCUCCUUAAUUGUGUUACGAUUCUUAUGUGCUAUAUAGGACCACUGCGACUGAUUGCACUUCAGUAAUAUCCACUGUUUAUAGGAAUGUACAGAGACCCUUUUAUCAUAGGCUAUCAUGUUCAUUUGUUCCCCUUUUUUCUUUUCUUUUCACACUUUUUUUUGCAAAUUAUAUCACAUUCAAUCAUUUUUUUUCCCUAAAAAACUUGUUGUAAUAUAUAAAAUCCAAAUGUGAUAAUUCAGUUAAUGAGGCAUCCUUAACAUUUUGCAAGGUUAUCAAGUCAUUAGUAGUAUCUAAAUGGCUCAUGGUAACUGCAAAUCGUUGUCUUUUGCACCGUGGUGCAUAAUAUUUUUUUAAAACAGCAGUGCAAGAUGAAGUGAUUUUGUUUUUAACAUUUGAAGUUGUUGUUACCCAACACAGUGAUUUAAAUCUAUAAUUUUACCAUUUAUACAUAGCUUUAUUUACAUACUUUUAUUUAUACACAACUUUUAUAGAAAAUCUAUUUUUUACUUUAAUUGCCAAGUGAAAUUUUGUCCCUGCUGAGGUGAAAAUCAGGUAAACAUGAAAACUUGUUUUUGAAAAUGACUGAUUUGUAACACUUUAUGUUUGACUGCUGGUUUUAGUGUGGUGUUACCUUCUUCUUCUUUUUUUUUAUCACAGACAACAAUAACAAUGAAAGCAAAAUAGAAGCUUUUCUCCUAUUGUUUUCAAGGGCUACAUGACUUUAUGCAUGAUAUUACAUACUAUGCCAUAAACACAAAGUCUCUUCCUUGCUGAAACUGUUAAGUUAUAACAAAAAGAACAUUUUGUCUGCAUGUUUCAUAGACCUCUGUUUGUGACGGUUGUAAUACCACAAGAGGUAGAGAAUGUGUAUAAAGUCAUGCACCCUCAAACACACACAAACAUGUCUGUUGUAGAGCACAUUGGACAGAUUCCUCGUACUAGGACAUUUCCAUCACAGCUAAAUCAGCCAAGUGCCAUACAAUACAUGUCUAAAAAACAAUGAGUGUUAUUUUAUAUCUGUGUAUUAUGUUAAUGUGUAUGAUUGACUGAAUGAAUGAUAGAUUCCCCUCUUCUUGCACUGUAUUUCCAUUUGUGUGUAAUGACUGUAGCAGUUGUGGAUUCUGGAUUAUUGAUGUUUUAUGGAUCAAGGAUAGACUCUACCUUCAGUGUGAUGGUUGAUGAUUUCGGGUUUUGCAUAUGAAAAUAAAAAUCAUUGGUAUGUUUUUAA